CGGCGGCCCCGAGGGCGCUGGCGGGAGGCGGUGCCUUGCCCUGGGCGCCCGCUGGUGGGGCUGAGGGCGGCCCCGGGGUCCGCGCUGCUCCGCCCGCGCGGGGGGACCUGCUGUCGGCGCCAGCUCGCUGAGGGCGGCGGCGGGGGGGUGAGGGGUAUCUCCCCCUCAGCCCUGUCGGGGUACAGCCGCGCCGGUAAAGCCAUCCCGGGGCCUGCUGUGCGCUUCGCUGAACGAGCCCCGGCCUUGGGGCUGCUCGGCGGGUCUCGCCGGCUGGCUGGCGCACCUGGAAACCGCCCUGGCGACAGGCUAAUUACCUGCUGUACGCGUAAAGAAAGCGUUUAUCAUGUUGGGCUCUGGGUUCAAAGCUGAGCGCUUGCGAGUCAACCUGCGUCUUGUCAUCAAUCGCCUCAAACUGCUGGAGAAGAAGAAGACUGAGUUGGCCCAGAAGGCAAGGAAGGAGAUUGCAGAUUAUCUGGCAGCUGGAAAAGAUGAGCGCGCCAGGAUUCGUGUGGAGCACAUCAUCCGUGAAGAUUACCUUGUGGAGGCCAUGGAGAUCCUGGAGCUGUACUGUGAUCUGCUGCUAGCCCGCUUUGGCUUGAUUCAGUCCAUGAAGGAGCUGGACUCUGGCCUGGCAGAAGCAGUAUCUACACUGAUUUGGGCUGCACCACGACUCCAGUCGGAAGUGGCUGAGUUGAAGAUUGUUGCUGAUCAGCUGUGUGCCAAGUACAGCAAGGAGUAUGGGAAGCUGUGCCGGACAAACCAGAUUGGGACAGUCAAUGACAGGCUGAUGCACAAGCUGAGCGUGGAGGCACCGCCCAAGAUUCUGGUGGAGAGAUACCUCAUCGAGAUUGCCAAGAACUACAAUGUGCCCUAUGAGCCUGACUCAGUGGUGAUGGCCGAAGCCCCUGCAGGCGGAGAGGCAGAUCUGAUUGAUGUAGGAUUCACAGAUGAUGUGAAGAAGGGUGGCCACGGAGGGGGAGGAGGUGGUGGAUUUACAGCCCCGCUGCUUGGUCAUGAUGGAAUAGUACCCAUGCCAGUGAUGAUGCCUAUGCCUAUGCCAACACCAAAUCCGCCCUUCUCUUAUCCGCCUCCAAAGGGACCAGAGAACUUCAAUGGCGUACCAGUGGGGACCUACCAGCCUUUCACUAAUAUCCAUCCACCACCAAUUCCAGCCACUCCACCAACAUACGAGUCUAUUGAUGAGCCUAAUGCUGACAAGGACGCUUCUGCACCGGUGGCUGGGCCCGGACCCAAGUCAGAAGCUUCUCCUAAACCAAGAGCUGGAGCUCCUAAUACCAUUGAUACCUUUGUGCUGCCUGAAUUACCAUCCGUGCCCGAUACGCUGCCAACAGCAUCUGCCGGCGCCAACUCUUCUGCCUCUGAAGACAUUGACUUUGAUGAUCUUUCACGGAGAUUUGAAGAGCUAAAGAAGAAAACAUAAAACUGACCGAACUGUAACUCCAAUGUGAGGGGCAGGAGUUGUGACAGCUUCUUCUUUCUGAAACAUAGACUUCCCUUGAAACUGUUUUUCUGCAUUAAUCUCAGAUGAAUUUGCUCUUCUUUUUGAGCUCUCUUCCUACUGUACUUAAACCAAGUGCUGCCACUUUCCUGAUUUUUGUUGCUCCAGUAGGUGAGCUGUGGGGAAUCUUGUGAGACUGGAGCAGGGAACAGCUUCUGUCAGUCUGGGUAGCUCUACAACAGAGCUGUGCUUGAUGUUCUGGCUGUCUCCACAGUGGCUCUAAGUGUCCCCUCCCAGAGAAGGGAGGUGGAGGCUGCAAUGGGACAGGGUUUUCUCCUCUCCAAUGGUGGUCUCAAAGGCAGCAUCACCUGCAAGCUGCCCUUCUCUGCUCUUGUGGCUUGUAUGGUAAGGGUGAUUAGGUCCCUUUGGUAAGACUUCUAGAUAACGGGCUGAGGUGGGGAAUACAGUCAUGAGGAGACGUGGCAUUGCCCCUGAGGCUGUGCAGUACACUGACAUGCCAUCUCCCUGGCUGCAGCUCUGUCUGGGUGCAGUUUGCCUGAUGUCCUCUUCCGCUCCCGCUGCAUUCUUGGGGAGCCCUCUGUGGCCUUCGCUGCCUUCCUGCUGGCGAGGGUCUUUUUGCAGGAGGGCGUCACUGUAUUUUCCUGUUCAGUGGCAUGUUCUGCCUGAUCCUGCUGGGAGUGCGAGCUGGCUGGGUAGAGGAAUAGCGGGGUGCCACAGCGUGGGCUGGCUGCACUAGCCCCUUCCUCACGGGUGCUGGAGGUGCAGGGAGAGCUGGGGCCAGGGGGACUCCGCCGGGAUCGGCAGCCGCAGCUUUGCUCACCCCUGAGCAAGGGGAUGGGCGAGCCUGGGCUGAGUGCCGGCAGAGUGCUCGGGGGGGGGGGGCUGGUGCCAGCAGCCAGUGCUGCUGCUGCGGGGAACGUGCGCUCUUCUCUGUGACAGACCUGUACAUAACUCUUUCACACGGCUUUAUGUUGGAGUUUUUGAUUUGUAUCUUACGGGUUGGUUCCUAAUAAAGCCUGGGCUUGUGA